AAAUAUUUAAUUCGUUUCCAAUCUUUCCUUGGUUUGUGCUAACAUACACUGGCUAAUAUCACUACAAAAAAAAUAUAUAAAUUUACGAAUAUUAACUUGCAGUUCUCGAUAUAUUGCACAUGGUACAGAUCGAGGUGAAAUAAUGUACAGUACGUCUAAGUUUUGAGGAACUGUCGGUUUGUCGAAUCCAAAAUAUCAGUUUAUCGUUUUAAUUAACCGAAUGGCUAUAAAAUUAUACAUAUAUAUAUAAAUAAAUAUUUAAUUCUAGUAAGUUUCCAAAAAUUCUGGCACUUCUAUAGAAUCACUGGUUGUUUUUUGAGGUAUUCUUUUUAUGCAUCAGAAUGUCAACGUUUUUCGGACUUAUCGAAGAAAUACCAGGCAUCUCAGUGGAUCGUUUUGAAAAGAAUUCAAACUCCUCUGCAUAUUUUCUUAGUCAUUGUCACACUGAUCAUAUGCAAGGGUUGGAUGAUGAAUUUUUCAAAUGUUUGCAACAAUGCAAUAAAUAUUUUUAUUGCAGUUGUAUUAGUAAAACUUUCUUAAAAGCUAAAUAUCGCUACACAGAAAGUUGUGUAAAAGAUAUUGCUCUUGAUAAGAAAGUCCUUGUAGAAUAUAAAAACAAAGAUAAUGAUAAAAAUACUGAUAUUCUUUUUGUAACAUGUAUUUCUGCUGGACAUUGCCCUGGCUCUGUAAUGUUUCUUUUUGAGACUGAUAAAUUAGUAUUAUAUACUGGAGAUUUCAGAAUUAAUCCAAAAGAUUUUGCAAAGAUAGCACCAUUACAUUCAUGCAAAAAUUUCAAUAUGUAUCCAAAAAAGUUAGCAAAGAUGUAUUUAGAUACAACAUUCUUAGAUCCUAAUUUUGUCUUUUUCCCAACAAGAGAAGAAAGUAUAAAUGUAAUGUGUAAAGUUGUCAAAGAAUGGCUAGAGAAAAGUUCAGGAAAUGUUGUUGUUUUGGAAUGUUCUGCUUUGUAUGGCUCUGAGUUUCUUUAUGUGGAGCUAUCAAAAUUUUUGAAAACAUGUAUUCAUAUUAAGAAUUUUGUGUACAAGAAUUAUAAUUGUAUCUCAAGUAUAGCAGAUUAUGUCACGGAUAAUCCACUGGCUACACGUAUACAUGCAUGUAUGAAUAAGUUUGACCGUUCAGGUUUAAAAUGUCGUAGUGACAUCUUAGAAAAGAACAUCCUAACUAUUGUACCAUCUGUAUUAAAGUGGAAGGGGAAAGACACAAGUGUAAUCGGAGAAUGGGAUAAUACUAGAGAAAGGACGUUUAAUGUAUGUUAUUCUGCACAUGCAUCUUUUGACGAACUUAAGAAGUUUCUACAAUAUUUCAAGCCAGAAGAAAUACAUCCCUGUGUUUGUUCAGAAGAACUAAAACAUAGGAUAUAUUAUUUGCUAAGUGAAAUUAAAAGCAAAACUAAAACAAAAGGAAGUGAUGGAAUUAAUAAUCAUGAAAAAUAUACAUUACAAGUCCUUAAGCAUGAAGUUAUAAAUAAAUUGUAAAUUAAGUAUUAUUAUAUAUAUAUUCCGAUAAUUUUUUCUAACGAUUGUGUUAAUCUUUAAUAAUUUUAAUAAUUUUGUGUUAUGACAGAUAAUAUAUUGUUAUAUUAUACUCAAAUGAUUUUGUAUUUUUACAUAAUAAAUAUAUAUGAACAUUUU